AUGCCUACCCACUCCGCAUACCCCCUGAUCGAUGUCCCAGAUGUGGAUCUGUGGACCUUCUUGUUCGAGAGAAAGGACCGACCGUUUCCUGACGACAAAGUGAUCUAUGUUGACCCCGAUGCGAAUCGGUCGUAUACUUUUGGACUGGUCCGUAGUACGGCUCUUGAGUUUGGCAAGGGCUUGAGGGCAGUCUGGGAGUGGAAGAAAGGCGAUGUGCUGGCAGUAUACACGCCCAAUUGCAUCGACACGCCUGCAUUAAUAUGGGGUACACAUUGGGCUGGAGGAAUCAUCUCUCCUGCGAACCCUGGAUAUACUGUAGAUGAACUGGCAUUUCAAUUGAAGGACUCGGGAGCGAAGGCAUUGGCGACACAGAAGCCGUUCCUGAAGACGGCGCUGGAAGCAUGCAAGAAGGUCGGAAUCGAUGAGGAUCGAAUUAUCUUGAUCGGGGACGAGAGGGACGAGACGAUGAAGUUCAAGCACUUCACAGGUAUCAGGAACCUUGCCGGAACGAGCAGAUACAGGAAGGCAAAUAUUGAUCCGAAGAAGGAUCUAGCGUUCCUGGUCUACAGUUCUGGCACUACUGGGCAUCCCAAGGGCGUCAUGUUGAGCCACUCCAACAUUGUGGCGAACACCUUGAUGUUAACUGCUGGCGAAGCCGGGAACUUGACAUGGAACGGGGGGCCGAAGAAAGAAGGCGACAAGAUAUUGGCCUUCCUCCCCUUCUUCCACAUCUACGGCCUGACCUGUCUCAUCCACCAAUCGAUCUACGGCGGCCUCCAACUGAUCGUGAUGCCAAAGUUCGAGCUCGAGAAGUUUUGCAGCCACAUCCAGAGCCACGCUAUCACAAUGAUCUACAUCGUGCCUCCCGUGAUUCUGCUCAUGGCGAAAUCGCCGGUCAUCGACAAAUACGACCUGUCGUCCAUCCGGAUGAUGAACUCCGGCGCAGCUCCUCUUACCAGAGAUCUCGUAAAUGCCGUAUACAAGCGCCUCAAAAUCCCCAUCAAGCAAGGCUACGGCCUUAGCGAGACGAGCCCCACGACGCACGCGCAACCUUGGGAGCAAUGGGACAAGACCAUCGGCAGCGUCGGCAAGCUGCUGCCCAACCAGACGGCGAAGUACAUGUCUGAGGACGAGAGGGAGGUGCCGGCCGGCCAAACAGGCGAGCUCUGGAUCAAGGGUCCGAACAUCUUCCUCGGCUAUCUGAACAACGCAGCCGGCACCCAAAACGCCCUGACGGCCGACGGUUACUUCAAGACCGGGGACGUCGGCUACCAGGACAAGGACGGCAACUUCUACAUCACGGACCGCAUCAAGGAGCUCAUCAAGUACAAGGGCUUCCAGGUCCCGCCGGCAGAGCUCGAGGGCUACCUCAUCGGCCACCCGGACAUUGAUGACGUGGCCGUCAUCGGCGUCGAGGACCGCGAGCAGGCCACGGAGGUGCCGCGGGCGUACGUGGUGCCGAAGCGAGGCGUCGAGAGGGGCAAGGAGAAGGAGCGGGAGAUUGCGGGCUGGUUGGCGCAGCGGGUGGCUGGGCACAAGAAGCUGAGGGGCGGCGUGCGGUUUGUCGAUGAGAUUCCGAAGAGCGUGAGUGGUAAGAUACUGAGGAGGGUGUUGAAGGCGCAGGCUGCUGCUGAGGAGGAGGAGGAGGAGAAGAAGAAGAAGAUGGGCGCAAAGGCGAAGCUGUAA